AUGCAAGCAAAGGCCCAAAAUAGCCAAACUGGUGCUGCCUCUCCCGGUGGUGCUGCUGGUGAUGUCCCUCUUGGUGUGUCUACUGUUGGUGUUACUGCUGCUGGUGGUGCUACUGGUGGUGGUGCAGGUCCCCUCACCGUGGUUUACGCUGUGGAGUCCGGACGCGUGUUGCUGCCUUGUGACGUGGCACCGCCCAUACCCACAGAUGACACCAUCCUUGUGCUCUUCUACCAUGGCGAUAUUGGCACUCCCAUAUACAGUAUCGACGGCAGGAGUGGUCCCAUCAAGCGAGCACCUCACUGGACGGACGAGAACACACUUGGGUCUAGAGCCUAUUUCGAUAUGGCCUCGGACCCUCCUGGUCUGGUGCUGCAAUCCGUGGAGGCAUCGGAUCACGCGGAGUACCGCUGCAGAGUCGACUUCCGCUCCUCCCCCACAAGGAAUGUCAGGAUCCAGCUGGAGGUGAUAGUGCCACCCAAGAGGAUUAGGAUCCUUAGUAAGGAGGGAUUGGAAGUGAGCGGUGUGAUUGGCCCGUAUCCUGUGGGUGCCUCCGUCUCCCUCGACUGCCUAGUGGACAGUGGUCGACCCCGGCCCAUGGUAUCCUGGUUCCAUGAGGAGAAGUUACUUGACGACGUGAGUGAAGUGCGGCGGGGUGAAGUAACCAGCAACACACUGCACCUGCCCUCCCUCACCAGGGACUACCUCUACCGUGUCCUCACCUGCCAGGCCUCCAACUCCAACCUCUCCGUCCCCGUCGCCGCCACCGUCACCCUCGACAUGAGCUUUCCGCCUCUGGACGUGCGAAUCCUGGGCACGGUGGAGAGCUUGUCUGAGGGUGAGAGAUAUGCCAUCGUUUGUGAGUCAUCCGGUUCGAGGCCCACUGCUACCAUCACCUGGUGGAAAGACGGCAUGCUCAUGACGGACACCAAAAGCCAGAUCUUCCAUGAGGGCAACGUGAGUCGUUCCACCCUCUACCUGACACCUACACUGGCCGACCACGACGCCCACGUCUCCUGCAGAGCAAAGAAUCCCAUGGUACCAGCCGCCGUUCUCGAGGACACCAGGAAACUCAACGUCCACUACACUCCAAGACUCUCGCUAGCUGCCGGACUCAACCUGGACAUGGAGGACAUCAAAGAGGGAGUCGACGUGUACUUCGAGUGUGGCAUCAAGGCUAACCCCAGAGUCUACAAGGUUCAGUGGUUCCAUAAUGGUGAGGAGCUGAGUCACAACGUGUCUGCUGGUGUGAUACAGAGUAACCAGAGCCUGGUGCUUCAGAGCGUCACCAGACGUUCCUCCGGCCAAUACACAUGCACUGCCACCAACCUUCACGGUCUAGGCUCCUCUAAUGCUGUCCAACUCAGCGUCAAAUUCGCGCCUAUGUGUCGCCCCGGCCAGAAGUUCGUGUACGGCGGAGGGAAGCAGGAAGAACUGAACAUCACCUGCAGCGUCGAGGCACACCCGGAGCCAACCUCGUUCAGGUGGGCAUUCAACAGUUCGUCGGAGCUGGUGGACAUUCCCUCGAGCAAAUUCUGGGUUGUGGGCAACGGUAAGAGCCAGGCUUCCUACACCCCCGUCACUCACCUCGACUACGGCUCUCUUCUCUGCUGGGCCAGCAACGAUGUCGGUAGCCAGCUCAAGCCCUGCAUCUACCACAUUAUACACGCAUCCCAGCCGGACCCUGUCAACAACUGUACGGUGGAGAACGUGACAUCGACGGGAGCCUCUGUCCGCUGUCUGGCCGGAUGGGACGGUGGUCUCGCCCAGACCUUCACCCUCUCCGCUGACCAAUCCCGCGCCCACACCAGCCGCGCCCACGAUAGGAGGAAGGAGGCGGCGCCCCGGGUCCUGGCCAACACCUCCACCUCCCCGAAACCUGAGUUCACCCUGACGGGACUCGAACCCGGCACGGAGUACGUGUUGACCGUCAUGGGCGUGAACAAGAAAGGCGAGAGCGAGCCUACCAGGAUGGUGAUUUUCACCCUGAAGGACGUGGCCGAGAAGAGAACCAGUCCAGGGUCAUCGGCUCAAGAACAGAAGACCUCAAACGUGGGCGUGGCUCCAGAACGUUUGCCAAGGCAAGGUGUGGACCAUAUAAUUGGUAAAUUAGUCUCCCCAGAGACCUCACAAGCCCAGGCGACUACAACACAACGGCAUCCCCGCAUACCUGUCGCACAGGUCGACCAUCAAGGCAGGACACACCUCCCUGCCGCCCUUGAAAGCAUGCCUGGGACGCCAGCAGGCAUGAGUCCAUCUCCGCGGCUCACGUCCAUCCACAACUCCGAGUAUGGCAACUCCAUCAUAGUAGAUUCUCCUGUCCUGGCACACCGGCCAGAAUCCCACACACAACCAAUGCAAGCAUCACGCCCCUCCUCAUGGAGCUAG